AUGAAUGAAGCCUUCUCUUUCCCUGCACAUACAACUAUGUCUCGUGUUCCUUCAGUUCUCAACCCCACCGAGGAGGAUAUCCAACUCCUUUUGAGUGCUCAAUGCCACAUUGGUACCAAGAAUGCCAACACCCGUAUGGCUCCUUAUAUCCACAAGCGUCGUGCUGAUGGUAUCAACUUGAUCAACAUUGGUAAGACCUGGGAGAAGCUCAUCUUGGCUGCUCGUAUCAUUGCUUCCAUCGAGAACCCUCAAGACAUCGUUGUUGUCUCUGCUCGUCCUUACGGUCACCGUGCCGCUCUUAAGUUCGCCAGAUACAUUGGUGCUGAAGCUAUUGUUGGUCGUUAUACUCCUGGUACUUUCACCAAUUACAUCACCCGUUCUUUCCGUGAACCUCGUUUGGUUAUCUGUACCGAUCCUCGCUCUGAUUUCCAAGCUAUCCUCGAAGCUUCUUAUGUUAACGUCCCCGUUAUCUCUCUUGCUGAUACUGAUGCUUCCCUCAAGUUCGUUGAUGUUGCUAUCCCCACCAACAACAAGGCCAAGCACGCUAUUGGUUUGAUCUACUGGCUCUUGGCUCGUGCCGUCCUCCGUCUCCGUGGUACUCUCGACUAUGAGACCGCUUGGGACGUCAUGGUCGAUAUGUUCUUCUACCGUGAUCCUGAGGAGAUCGAGAAGGAGAACGCCGAGGCUGAGGCUGAGGAGGGUGAUUUCGCUGCCUCCGCUGAAGCUGCCACUGGUGAAUGGGCUGUUGAGGGUGAGGCCACUGAAGGUGUCGCUGGUAUUGCUGCCGCUGCCGACUGGUCUGCUCAACGUACUACUGACUGGGCUGAUGAGACUGAAGCUCCUGCCAACUCUUCUUGGGAAGCUUAA